AUGACCAAUGUCACAUCACUGUCACCUCUCUGUAACAAAAUGACCGACUUGUACCUGCUUUUCAUUCUCGCAGCCUCGCAAGGGUCUCACCCACAGACUGUCUAUGUAUCUCAGAUCCCUGCAGUGAACUCCCCAGCUGGCAGCUCGGUCACCUUACGGUGUAGCUAUACGCUCAGUGAAGAAGCGACAAGCCCUGGCUGGUACAAAUGGUAUAGGCAUGUGACAGGUGGCCCUGAGGUCUCUGAUAACAAUCCAGAUUAUAAGGGACGAACUGAAAGACCAAGUCAGAGCGAUUUCUCCAGUAAGAGAUCAGCCGAUAUUGUGCUGCACAGAGUGAACCUCACAGACACCGGAAUGUAUAUCUGUUAUGUUGCAUUUAAUUAUGAGAAAUUAUCCGGAUACGGCAACGGGACAUUCCUCACUGUGACAGCUGCUGUUACAGAGAAAUCGUCUAGAGCACGUAUCAUCUGUGUGAAAGUCGGGGCUGCGGUCUUCAUUAUAUCCAUCUUAGUGCUGGUUUAUUGUUGUUAUAUCAGACAAGCUGAGAGGAAUUUAGUGAAAUAG